UUCUCUAUGGAAUACCAUGAUGGGAACUUCAUUACUAAGUAUGCCCUGGGCUAUAAAAGAGGCGGGGUUUAUAAGUGGUAUUGUAUUAUUACUAGUAAUGGCUGGUAUAAUGAUGUACACAUGUUAUAGAGUACAGAAAGCUGUUGAUAUAAUGAAGGAGAUGGUAGAAGUAUUAGAAUUUUCUGAUGUUUGUAAACAGUAUUUUGGUAAGGCAGCAGAAGUUGUCGCCCUUGUCUCGUCGUUAACCUCUCUACUUGGUGGAAUGAUUGUAUACUGGAUUCUCAUGUCCAACUUCUUAUAUCAUGUAGUAUCAUUUAUAUUUUAUGAAAGUGAAAAUAACUUCAACUCGUCAUCUUUGAUGAAUCAUACGACUUAUUCAGAUGCUGUGUGUCCAAAUGCUGCCACGAUAGAUAACUCGUCUUUAAAUGGGGCUAUAUCAACCUCGGUUUCCACCCUCUACCACUCACCUCUCAUCGGAAAUUUUCCGGUUGGUAACAGUGUCUUUGAUAGAAUAUGGGACGAAGAAAAAACGGUUCCAUUCUUUCUGAUUAUUCUAAUGGCACCUCUGGUUAACUUCAAAUCACCCACCAUUUUUACGAAAAUGAACGCUUUGGGAGCUGUAUCGGUAAUGUAUCUGUUUAUCUUUACGGCUGUUAAAUCGGCUAAGUGGGGAAUCCAUAUUGAUUUUAGUUCAGUGGAUUCCGUGUUGCCGGACUAUACCAAGAAUUUUCGAUCGACAUUUCCGGCUUUAACAGGAGUAUCGGCACUAGCUUAUUUCGUCCAGAAUAGUUGUAUAUCCAUUACACGAAAUCAAAAAAAUCCUAAAAAUAAUGUGCGAGAUAUAAUUCUAGCCUAUAUAUUAGUAGCAGUUUCCUAUGUUUAUAUUGGUUCUAUCUUCUAUUCAUCAUACCCCCUCUCUAAAUCAUGUAUUCAGGAUAAUUUAUUAAAUAAUAUAGAGACUAACGACGUCAUGGCGUUUGUGGCAAGAAUUGGAUUGUUUUUCCAAAUACUCUGUGUUUUCCCGCUUUUGAUAUUUAUAUUUCGUCUUCAAUUUCUACAUUAUGUUUUCGGCUCGGUUUGGCCAAGUUUGAAACAUGUAUUGGUGUUAAAUGUUGUAUUAAUUGGUGUCUGUAUCAUCUUCGCCAUCUUUUUACCUCAUAUUGGUAGAAUAAUUGGGUUCGUUGGUGCCUUCUGUGGAUUCUCCUUUGGUAUUUGUCUUCCUUGUUUGGUUUAUUUAAAAGCGUGUCACCUUGGUCACGGUGGAUUGAAAUUAACAUGGCCUAAAAUCGUCAUCCAUUGUAUACUUAUUGUGAUUGGAUUCUUAAAUUUUGUUGGACAGUUUACCAUCAUCGGAAAAACAAAUUAACUGUUAUU